UCGCCACCAGUGGCGGUGGUGCCGAGAUAGCUGUGGAAGGUGGCGCGAAUCCACCAGCAGCUUCUCACAUGGCACCAGCCCAGCAAAUGUCGGAUGACAGAUGCAAGGCACUCUUCCGGCGCCGUAUGCUUAUGGCAAUCGCGGGCUUGAAGGAGUUUGCCCAAGUGAUCAAAUAUGAUCCAACACGACAAGGGCAGAGGUCGAGAUAUCCAAUAAGCUACAGCUUUUGGUUCUCGCUCUGCCGCGUCUCGGUGGACGACUUGAUGGAGUCGUAUAUGGCGGCAAUUCCGCGCAAGGUAAGCUGCUGCUGGGACAAGACUCUCUUGCCCCAGCUUCAAUCUCGGCACUCGAUGGUGAUCAGAAGCACCAUCAUAAAUCGAAGGGGAUUUAUGUUGGGCUGCCAUACGUACAUCUGUUGGAAGUGAUCGUGAUGAUCAUCCUCCAGUCAUGCCCUCGCCCCCAGCGCAACUCGAGAUUAAUGAACGCUACUUGGACGUUCCUGAGAUCAUUAGACGUUUUCACUUGGUAAUCGAAGUCCCGGAGGCAUGGAGACUCAUUACGAUUCGCGAAGCCGUCCUGUUUAUCAGCGAGAGAGAACUACCCCGCGAGUCAGAUGGAUCGUUCUCGCUCACAAACGGCCAACGCGCAAACGGUCUAUUGUCUGCAGCGUGUGGGAUUUUACAAGAUAGUAUCUGCAAAGAUGCUGAGCGCCCAAGCUUCAAUUGUUCGACUGUUUUCGGUUGUUAUCUCCUGGAGGGCCUCAACGCCUGCGCAAGCGGUUAUUGGAAUAAACGGAAUUCCCGCUGUUCUCAUCGUGGUAAGUCACGAGGCAUCAUAUGGGGAGGCGUGGCGGCUAACUGGCUCGUAUAUUCGGACAAGGCAGAUAGAAUAUGACAUGCCAUAUAAACGCUAUUGUUAUAUUUAAAUUUAUUAGAAUUUGAAAUGUAAAAGCUUUUAAUUAAUUACUAAAGUAGGAGUAUAGACUAAUAACAACUAGUAAACUAAAAUGAAGGCAGUUUUACGCAAAAUGACCGAAG